UCACCGAGAGACAGUCCACUUAAAUGCAGCUCCAGGGUUGCGAGACUCCCACCAGCAUCACUCCCCGUGUGAGGUGGCAAAUGCAACAUGCUCUCCAGCUUGGGGUGUCUACUUCUCUGUGGAAGUAUUGCACUAGCCCUGGGAAAUGCACAGAAAUUGCCAAAAGGUAAAAGGCCAAACCUGAAGGUCCACAUCAAUACCACAAGUGACUCCAUCCUCUUGAAGUUCCUGCGUCCAAAUCCUAAUGUAAAACUGGAAGGUUUUCUCCUGGGAUAUGGCAGCAACUUAUCACCAAACCAGUACUUCCCUCUUCCUGCGGAAGGGAAAUACACUGAGGCCGUGGUCGAUGCUGAGCCUAAAUAUCUGAUAGUCGUGCGGCCCGCUCCUCCUCCCAGUCAAAAGAAGUCAUGCUCAGGUAAAGCACGAUCUCGCAAACCUCUCCAGCUGGUGGUUGGCACUCUGACACCAAGCUCAGUCUUCCUGUCCUGGGGCUUCCUCAUCAACCCUCACCACGACUGGACAUUGCCAAGUCACUGUCCCAAUGACAGAUUUUAUACAAUUCGCUAUAGAGAAAAGGAUAAGGAAAAGAAAUGGAUUUUUCAACUCUGUCCGGCCACUGAAACAAUUGUGGAAAAUCUAAAGCCUGACACAGUUUAUGAAUUCGGAGUGAAAGACAAUGUAGAAGGUGGAAUUUGGAGUAAGAUUUUUAAUCACAAGACUAUUGUUGGAAGUAAAAACAAAGUAAAUGGGAAAAUCCAAAGUACCUAUGACCAAGUCCACACAGUGCCAGCAUAUGUCCCAAGAAAGCUAAUCCCAGUAACAAUCAUCAAGCAAGUGAUUCAGAAUGUUACUCACAGGGCCUCAACUAAAUCCCCAGAAAAGACUCCCUAUGGAGGAACAAUACUGGUCCACCUUGUUAUUCCAGGUCUUAAUGAAACCACCCUAAAACUUCCUACCUCCAUAAUGUUUGAGAUUUCGGAUGCAAUCAAGACACAGUUAGCUAAGAAUGAAACCUUGGCACUGCCUGCUGAAUCUAAAACACCAAAGGUAGAAAAAAUCCCAGCACAGCCCGUAACAGUGACUCCUGAAUCAGUUCCAAGAACCACUAAACCCACUGUGUCUAGUGCAUUAGACAUUUCAGAAACAAUACCGGUUCUCAGGGGAAGGACCCCCGAAACACCGCAAACUAUUUUAAUACCUAGGUUUGAAUUGCCACUGAGCACUCUAGCUCCGAAAAGGCUUCCAGAAUUUCCUCAGGCAAAAACACCCUUCCCUUUUGAGAAACCUGGGGGCACCUUGGCUUCAAGUCAAAAGCCAUGGAUUGUGCCUACAAGUAAAAUAUCUGAAGAUUCCAAAAUUCUACUGCCUCAAACUGCCACUUACGAUGUUUUCUCAAGCCCUACAACAUCAGAUGAGCCUGAAAUAUCAGAGCCCCACACAGCAACAAGCGAUCCAUUUCUGGAUUCUGUCCCAUCUAAAACUUCUAGAACUCUUGAACAGCCAAGGGCAACACUGGCUCCGAGUGAAACACCGUUCGUUCCUCAAAACCUGGAAAUCUUUACCAGUCCUGAAAUGCAACCUACAACACCUGCUCCCCUGCAAAUUACAUCUGUCCCUUCUACACCUAAACGACGCUUCAGGCCCAAAACACAAAGAACUAAACCUGAAAGAACCACAAGUCUUGGAACAAUUACAUCUAAAAUUUCUAAAAGCCCUGAACCUACACGGACAACACUGGCUCCCAGUAAAACACAAUUUAUUUCUUUGAAACCUAAAAUCCCUCUCAGUCCAGAAGUGACACACACCAAACCUGCCCUGGAACCUGAGACUCCACCACCAUCACAGCCGCCAAUAGUCUUAGAACCUGGAACACUGGGAACUAAACCUUCAACAACAACAUUAGCUCCACCAAAGACCAAACGACCAGGUCGUCGUCCCCGCCCUAAAACCACACCUAGUCCAGAUGUGCCCAAGUCCAAACCUGCUCUGGAACCUGCUACGGUACAACCGGAGCCCUUGGUGCCCACAGUUGCGUCGAAACCAUCCAAAAGACCUAAAACUACACGUAGACCAGAUGCACCUCAAAUCCAGCCUGAUUCAAAAUCACCAAAGCAAUUACUUCCUAAACCCAAAACCACAGCAAAACCGGAUACGCCACCACCUAAAUCCGUCUUUGAGCCUGUUACAUUUGAGACCAAAGCGCCCUCCACAACCAUAGUUCCUGCCACAGACAUUGAACCUGUAACUCUGAGAACUGAGGCUCCUUGGACCACAUUAGCUCCAAAAACAUCACAAAGAGCAAGAACACGUCGUCCACGUCCACGGCCACGGCCACGGCCACGUCCACGUCCCAAACAUAAAACCACGCCAAGCCCAGAGACAUCUCAGGCCAAGCUAGACCUUGAACCUGUUACUACUGGGACAUCUUUAGCUCUAACAACAACAAAGAGACCCCGUCGUCCACGUCCCAAACCUAAAACCACGCCCCAUCCAGAAGUACCUCAGACCAAACUGGUUCCUGCCACAAUCCCUGAACCAGUUAUUCUUAGGACCGAGGCUCCAGGGACAACAGUAGCCCCCAAAGUGCCUCAACGAACUCGUCAUCCACGUCCCAAAUCUAAAACCACACGGAGUCCUGAAACACCUCAGACUGAACUGGUUCCUGCUACAGUACUUGAAGCAGUUACUCCUAUCAAAGAGGCUCCAGGGACAGCAUUCGUUCCUGUUACAGACCUUGAACCUGUUACUUUUACAACUGAGACCUCUGGGACCACAUUAGCUACCAAAGCAUCACAAAGACUUCGUCGUCCACGUCCCAGACCUAAAACCACACCAAGCCCUCAAGUACCUCAGACCAAACCGGUUCCUGCUGCAGUCCUUGAACCUGUCACUCUUAGACCGGAGGCCCCCAGAACAACAUUAGCUUCCAAAACAUCACAACAGACAAUUCAUCCACGUCCCAGACCAAAAACCACACCAAGUCCUGAAGCACCUGAGUCCAAACCAGUUCCUACUGCAGACUUUGAACCUGUUACAUUCAGAACUGAGGCUUGGGUGACAACACAAGCUCCUAAAACAUCAAAACGGACCCGUCGUCCACGUCCCAAACCUAAAACCACACCAACUCCUGAGGCACCUCAAACCAAACCGGUUCCCACUGCAGAUCUUGAACCUGGUACUUUUAGAACUGAAGCUCCAGAAAUCGUGGUUCUUCCUACAGUGCUUGAACCUGUCACUCUUAGAACCAAGGCUCCAGAAACAACGUUAGCUCCUAAAACAUCACGUGUUCGUCGUCCACGUCCCAGACCUAAAACCACAUCAAGCCCUGAAGCACCUCAGACCAAACUGGUUCCUGCUACUAGCUUUGAACCUGUUAUUCAUAGUUCUGAAGAUCCAGAAACAACAUUAGCUCCCACUGAACUGCAUACUCUUAUUUUGAAACCAGUGACAUCACCAAGCCUAGAAAUGACACAAAGUCAACCUGUUUCUGAAGUCCUGGAAUUGGUUACAUUUAGCACUGAGUCAUCAAAGGAAGCUAUAGCACCAACUGAAAUAGAUUAUGUAUAUUCCACUGCCAAAGUACCACUCAGGCCAGAGGAGCCAAAGACUGAAGUUGUGGAAUCUAUUACAAAUGUGUCUGAACCACCUGAGACCACGCUAGAAACAUCACCUCUGCCUUCCCAAACUGUAAUCCUACCCAGCCCAGAUGAGCCUCAGACCGAACCGGUGCCCAAGCAGACACCGCGAGCUCCUCCCAAACCAAAAAUAUCUCCACGUCUAAGAAUCCCACCGACACAGCCAGCUCCUAAGGUGUUCCAGCGUGUUACUCCGAAGCCAAAGACAUCACCAAGUCCAGAAGUGUCCUAUACUCCACCUGUUCCAAGAGAUGUGCUCCUUCCCCAUAAACCAGACACCGAAGACUCUCAGAGCGAACCUGUUCUGCAACCUGUUACCUUUAGAAUUGAUCUGCCAGAGACAACACUAGCUCCUUUAGAGACACGAGGCAGCCAUUUCAUUCCUAUGAUUUCACCAAGUUCUAGUCAAGAGGAACUACAAACCAUUCUGGCAGAAACAGACCAAUCCACCCAAGAACUCUUCACAACUAAGUUUCCACGAACAACUGAAUUGGCAAAGACAACUCAGGCACCACACAGAUUGUAUACAACUCCUGUGAAGCCCAGAACACCCGACAAACCACACAUCAGACCUGUUCUGAAUAGGACAACUACAAGACCUAGUAGACCCAAACCCAGUACAAUGCCCAAAGGGGAUGGAAUGGGAACAGGGGUCAAGCAAGCACCACUGCCAUCCGGUGCUGAUAGAAAUGUGUCAGUGGACUCUUCUCACUCCACAAAAAAACCAGCUACAAUCCCAGGCAUUCUUCGCCCACCCUUGCCACCUAGACCCACGCCCCCACGAAGAAAGCCUUUACCACCAAAUAAUGUCACCGGAAAGCCAGGAAGCGCAGGAAUCAUUUCAUCAGGUCGAGUAACGUCCCCACCCAUGAGGGCAACACUCAGGCCUACUGAAGCCCCCGUGGAGAGAACAGAGACAGAUAAAAAGCAACCAACAGCUCCUGCCUCAGGAGAAGAUCUUGGUAAUAUGACUGACUUUAGCUCAAGUCCAACAAGAGAAACUGAUCCUCUUGGGAAGCCCAGAUUCAAAGGUCCUCACGUGCGGUAUAUCCAAAAGCCUGACAACAGGCCCUGCUCCAUCACCGACUCUGUCAAGCGAUUCCCCAAAGAGGAGGCCACAGAGGGGAAUGCCACCAGCCCACCGCAGAACCCACCUACCAACCUCACUGUUGUCACUGUGGAAGGGUGUCCCUCCUUUGUCAUCUUGGACUGGGAUAAGCCACUCAAUGACACUGUCACUGAAUAUGAAGUUAUAUCCAGAGAAAAUGGGUCAUUCGGUGGGAAGAACAAGUCCAUUCAAACUACAAAUCAAACCUUCUCCACAGUAGAAAAUCUAAAACCAGACACAAGCUAUGAGUUCCAGGUGAAACCCAAAAACCCACUUGGUGAAGGCCCACCCAGCAACACAGUGGCAUUCAGUACUGAAUCAGCUGACCCAAGAGUGAGUGAGCCAGUUUCUGCAGGAAGAGAUGCCAUCUGGACUGAAAGACCCUUUAAUUCAGACUCUUACUCAGAAUGUAAGGGCAAACAGUAUGUCAAAAGGACGUGGUAUAAAAAGUUUGUAGGGGUGCAGCUGUGCAACUCUCUCAGAUACAAGAUUUAUCUGAGUGACUCCCUCACAGGAAAAUUUUAUAAUAUAGGUGAUCAGAGAGGCCACGGAGAAGAUCACUGCCAGUUCGUGGACUCAUUUUUAGAUGGACGCACAGGACAGCAACUCUCUUCUGACCAGUUACCCACCAAAGAAGGCUAUUUCAGAGCAGUUCGCCAGGAACCUGUCCAAUUUGGAGAAAUUGGUGGUCACACCCAAAUCAAUUAUGUCCAGUGGUAUGAAUGUGGGACCACAAUUCCUGGAAAAUGGUAGAUGCUGCAAUCACGUUCAGAAGUGCCUUCUGUUUCAUCAUGGCAAAAAAUAAUUGGAAACAGUAUGGUAUUUGUCACAUGCAUUUAAAGCUCUUAUGUUUACUAUGUAUAAAAGUUUAAAAUCUAAUUAAUGGCAAUAUUAGAUGUUUACUAGAAAGAUUGCUAAGAAUAUUUAUCAGGUUUUACAAAGUCAUUUAAAGAAAGCAAAAUAUUGACAUUAACAGAAUAACAUUUUUGGGGAAGCUGGCUCCCUGUUCAUGGUAUUUUAAGAGAUCAUUUGUAUAUUAUUUAUCACACUGUUGUAAUGAUGUUUUGAGAUACUUUUAUAACAAAAUUAACAUCAAAAAACUAAUAUACUUUUAAAAAAAUACUUUUAUUGUGUAUUCUUCCUACUGGUGAGUUAAUUCCAUAAAUCUCUACUUGGUUUAACUUAUUAGAUCAAAUUAUCUUCAGCAUAUAUAUCUGGGGGAAAAAGGUGCUAAUAUUCACAUGUUUAUUUAAACUUCAACUUUUUAGCAACAGCUGAAUAUCUUUUCUGAAGCAUUUAAAUAGUUAACCAUUCGUGACAGUAUACAUUUCCUCAAAUAUCUGCAAAUUACUGAAAAGAUUUUGUUUGAAUCAGUGAAUUUCAUUUCAGCUGUAAAUGGAAUUGAGAAUUAUAUACAGCGUUUCAAAAUACAUAUAUUUUUCUUUCUCUACCCAUAAACAUGUUACAAUGUCUGAAUGUUCUUUGUCAAACUAUCCCUUUAAGCAGUUGUGUUCCUACUGUUUUUAAUAUAAUUCUAAUCAAUCAAGCUCUAUACAGAGACUGACUGUAAAGUCUAAGCACAAAAGGACAAUGCAUGAUGAGAUCCCUGCCAUUUUAUAAGAUAUUUACUAUAUUUUUUACACAGAAGCUCUCUAGGGAAUGAAUGUAUCGGGGCUAUUUUCCUAAUUCUGUCUAACCCAACCUGUAAUGAAAAUCUGACUCGUUUUUAUGUAAAAAAAAAAAAAAAAAAAGUAUUUUUCUCCUUCAUCUGGGGAGGGAGAUGGGACUGCUGCAUUGUUGCCCUCAUCCGUAAAGGACCUUUCUGUGCUUACCACCUUUCACCACGCUUCAGUUUUAUCAAUACUUACUUCAUUUUAUAUUUUUCAAACAAGUAUAAACUCUGCAAUAAAGAGAUGUAGUUUUUUUUAAGAA